GGAAGUUGAAUUCAUAUUAUUAACAACAUGGCGACCAUCAACGUGCGGUGUUUAUUUGAUCAAAAUCGUUUUCAGUUAGAGUCUAUAGAUCUUAAUUCUAUGGUCAAUGAAUUUAUAAACCGAAUUUCGGAAAAUGUUACUCUAUCAGACAAAGAAAUUGAAUUGGUUUAUUGUGGUAAUUGUUUACAAAGAACAAAGACUUUAGAAUCAUAUGGUGUGAAGAAUGGUUCUAUGGUUUAUGCUGUGAAGAAAAAUGUGAAAGAACCCGUAGACUCUGGAAAACCAAAUGAAACAGAAAUUGCCAAAGUGUUAACUGCUUUCAGAAUGGCAAUUUUUAAUCCUUCUUACAGGACAACAGUUGAAAAUAUGUUGAUGGACUCUGAUGCUGUGGAAAACCUUAUCCUCACUACACCUGGUCUUGCUAAUGAUACGACAGUUUUAAUAAUGUUCCAGGAUUUGAAACUCUUACUCCAGCUGCAUAAAACAAAGCAAAUUCGACAAAUAAUAGAUGAACAUCCUGCAUUUUAUCAUGUUGCCCAGUUGAUAGCUGCCACUGUCAAUGAACAGGGAGCUAAAGCUGGGGAGAGUUUUUUGUCUUCAGCUGCAUACUCUCUUGAUCAAAUGUCAGAUGAUGAAGAAUCUGCAUCACCACUUCACACCCAAGAACAGUCACCCUUACAGCUUGAUGGAAGCUCUAUUCAGGGUAUAACAGCUUCACAGCUUGCUGCAGCUCUUGCUGCUGCCAGUGUACCAGCAGGUUUUUCUGACCCAUCAACAUCAGGAGCUCGAAUGUCUGAUGCAGCAUCAACAUCUGAUAGUAUUGGUGCUUCACCACCUAUCAGUAGUGACUUCUUCCAACAAGCCAUGGUACAUGCCCAGUAUGUUGCUACUCAAACCCAGCUUCAACAGCUUCGUGACAUGGGUAUCACAGAUGAAGGUUUGGCACUACAUGCUCUCCAAGAAGCAGGUGGAGAUAUACAGGCUGCACUAGAAUAUAUAUUUGGAGAUAUUGGUGGAGGUAGUUUAUGAAAACAAAAACAAACAUUUUUUUGAUAAAAACAAAGACAUUAGUAAAUAAAGUGAAAAUAUAUUAAAAAUAUUGCAGUUUUCUAAAAUAAUUAUUACACUGCUUAAGUGAUAGGAAUUCUUUUAAAUGUGUGUGUUUUUUUUUAAUAGUAUUUAAAUCAACUUUUAUAGACAUAUUUCUAAGAUAUACACAUAAAAAUUAGUCUUGACAACAAACCCACCAAUAUGUUAUUGGCUGCCAUAUAAAUAUGAGCAAUUAUAAUAAACUGAAUUCUGUCUGCUUUUAUUGGUUUUCUUAUUCAUGAACACAGUUUUGUUGUAAUUUUGUUUAUCAGAAUCUGUGUACACAACACAGUGAUUAUAUAUAUUUGUAGACUUUGAGGGGGGAAAAUGCAAGGUUUAUUUUAGGAGCAAUAUAUUUUUCCUUUUAUUUCAUAAAAAUUAACUUUGUAAUAAAGCAGCAAAAUUUUCUUUUCUCUAAGUUGUUAAUUCUGUUUAUAUAACAAAUGGUUAGUAUAAACUUUUAAGCUUUAUUUAUUUUUACUUUUCUUGUAAGAACAAUGAAUGCAGUAAUCUAGCAGAAUUGUUACCACAUCAGACAAAAUGCUGAGCAGCAUUUCUUCCAGGUUUUUAUCUUUAUCAUCCUUUAACAUCUGUUUUCCAUGCUGGCAUGGGUUGGACAGUUUGACAAGAGCUGAUAAGCUAGAGAGCUGCACCAUGUUCCAGUCUGAUUUGGUUUGGUCUCUAUGGUUGGAUGCCCUUCCUAAUGCCAUCCACUUUACAGUGUGCUACCACUUCUGAGUUCAAAUGCUGCUGAGGUCAACUUUGCUUUUCAUCCUUUCGGUAUUGAUUAAACGAGUACUGUUUGAGCAUUGGGUUUGCUGUGAUCGACUUCCCACUCACCCUCAAGAUUGCUGGACCUUGUGCCAAAAUUAAAAAGAAUUAUAAAUAAGUGUGGUUGAUUUGUAGCAUCUGUAAAGCAUUAGUAAAAAAUGCCUUGUGACAAUUUAGUCCAUUCUGUCAAGGCUGCUUUUGCCUUUUAUCUUUUUAAGAGUCAAUAAUUUAAAAUAUCACUCAAGCACUGUGGUUAUUAUCUACUAAUCUCCUUCCCCAAAAUUUCUGGAUUUGUGCCUAUAUAUAGGCACAUGAUGAUAAUGAUGUGGCUAUAUUAGAAACAGGAGGCGCAAUGGCCCAGUAGUUAGGGCAGCGGACUCACAGUCAUAGGAUCGCGGUUUCGAUUCCCAGACCAGGCGUUGUGAGUGUUAAUUGAGCGAAAACACCUAAAGCUCCAUGAGGCUCUGGCAGGGGAUGGUGGCGAACCCUGGUGUACUCUUUCACCACAAUUUACUCUCACUCUUUCUUCCUGUUUCUGUUGUGCCUGUAUUUCAAAGGGCCAGCCUUGUCACGCUGAAUAUCCCUGAGAACUACGUGAAGGGUACAUGUGUCUGUGGAGUGCUCAGCCACUUGCACAUUAAUUUCCCGAACAGUUGAUUGGAUCAACUGGAACCCUCAACAUCGUAAGCGACGGAGUGCCAACACAUAUUAGAAACAAUUAUUAUUAAGGAAGAUUGGCAUCAUUGUUAAGAGUGUGAUAUUUGGUCCGGCUUUUUUUUUUAAUGUUCUGAGUUCAAAUUCUGUCAUGAUUGACUUUGCAUUUCAUCCCUCAGAGGUUGACAAAAUAAAGUACCUGUAUGUAGUGGAGAUGAUAUAAACAUCUUCCACAAAAUUUCAGGUCUUGUGUCUAUACAAGAAAGUUCUCAAUAUAGUGGGUUAGCAGAAUUGUUAGAACUGGAUAAAGUACCCUGCAGCAUUUGUUUUGGCAUCAGUUUAUUGUUGACUAACCACUUCCCCUCAGAGAUAGGCUUUAUGUCUAUUUAAUAAAUUAUUAUUAUUAUUAUUAUUAAGGUAUUGGGAGGUGGUAAGCUGGCAGAAUGCUUAGCAACAUUUCAUCUGUCUUUGCGUUCUAAGUUCAAAUUCUAUUGAUGUCAACUUUGCCUUUCAUCCUUUCGGGGUCAGUACGAUAAGUACCAGUGGAGUACUGAAGUUGAUGUGAUCAACUUGUCCUCUUCCCAAACUUGCUGGCAUUGUGCCAAAAUUUGGAACCAUUAAUAAGGUAGUGGGUUAGCAAGAUUGUUAAAGUAUCAGACAAAAUUUCUCUGCAGUGUUUCUUCUCUUACAUUCUGAGCUGCUUUGUUUUUCAUUGUUCCAAGUUCAAUGAAAUGAUGUACCAGUCAAAUACUUGGGCCAAUUUAAUUGCCCCACAAAUUUUAGAACUUGUGCCUAUGUAAAAAAACUAUUAUGCGAUUAAUAAAAGCAUCUAUUAUAAUUAUUAUUAAUAAAAAUUAUAAACUUAAUAAAUCUUUAUAAUAUUAAAACUGAAAA